UUGCAGUCUUGGGAAAGCAGGCUGGUAAAGAUGAUUAAAUGAUCGUAUUUCUCCCACUUUCCCCCUAAGAGUGGACUUGGGAGCAGACGGAGCCCAGUGGGGGAGUCUCUCGACACGAGACACGAUAAUAUUUAGGAGGGAUCAGAGAGAGCUGGUCUGAAACCACUGAGGGAGCCGGACCUCGGCGGAGGGGCCCCGGCGGGGAAGCGGGGUGCGCCGCGGGCUCGGCCCGGGCGGGCCGGGAGGUGCGGCGACUGUGCUCUCUGCAGCUGGUGCUGGGGCAGGAGCAAGCGGACCGCUAGCUGGUGUGAAUGUGGAACUCUAGCUGGUGUGGACAUGUGCGGCGGGGAUGGGACUUCUCUGAUGCCCCCAAGGACUCAGGCGCCUUGGAGCUCCUUCUGCUGCUGACGUGAUGACUGUGCGCAGGCCGGCCCAGAGCAGCCACAGCCUGAGUGAAACCCUGAGCUCCAGACUCGCUGACAAGGUCAAGGUGGAAGGUCCAAAGGCUGGCGAAGACCCUCGAAGGCUGCCAUUUAGGUCCCCCAUUCCUUUCCCAGAGACUUAUCAGGAUUCACCCCCCAGAAGAAGCUUUUUGGAAAGUCUCAAUAACCUGAUGCUAGAGUCAAAAGUGGACUGUUUUCAGCAGAACAUGUUCAGUUCAAAUAUGAUUAUCAGCGACCCAGCUUCAGAUCUCAGCAUUAAAGAAGCCAACAAGGCUGGCAAGAGGCAGCUCAGUGGUGUUCAGAACCCUUGCCCUCCUGCCCAAGGCGGAGCUCGGCACAAGCCCCUCAGCAUAAAGGACAAGAUAUCUGAAUGGGAAGGAAAGAGGGAGUUGCCCACUCCUACUCUUGCACCUGGCAGGAAAGCAGAUGGGCCAGAGGACUACCUGACAUCCUGUGUGAUGGGGAGGAGAAGCAGUGAUGGUGUGAGAGCGUGGGUCACAGAGGUUCAGGAUGGAACCAGGCCGGAAACAGAGAGCAAGGAGAAUGAGAGGAAUAAAGGGGUCGUGAAAGUUGGGGGUCAGGAUGCAGAGCCGAGGCAAGACCUCAGCCAGCCAGCUGGGCAGCUAGCUCCUGGCUUGGGCAGAGGCCGAGAGCCCAGGCUGGGCAAACAGCGCUUUCCGAACGAUAGCCUCUCUGUGCUGAGGCAGGUCAAGAAACUGGAGCAGGCUCUGAAGGAUGGGUCAGCAGGGUUAGAUCCCCAGUUACCAGGGACCUGUUAUUCCCCACACUGCCUGCCAGACAAGGCUGAGGAGGGGCCUGCCCUUCCUGAGAACCGUGGGGGCAGGCGUGGCUCUGAAUUCAGGUCCCACCACUGGGACCUGGAGGCCAGGGAUCCCACCUCUGAGGCUGCAGAGGAAAGGAAAGGGUCCUGCUGGAGGCCCUGCGAUCAGAGCCUGGAGGGUAUGGACAGGGGCUCAGAGAACUCCUCCACGAAACCCUUUAUCAACCCCCUGCCCAAACCUCGGAGAACGUUCAAACACGAUGGAGAAGGGGACAAGGACGGGAACCCAGGCAUCAGCUUCCCAAAGGAUAGAAGGCAUCUGCCUCCUCUGCCUUCUCUACCUCCCCCGCCCCUGCCCUCCUCUCCCCCACCCUCCUCCGUGAAUAGAAGACUGUGGACCGGGAGACCGAAACCCAGUGCUGACCACAGAAAGUCCUAUGAGUUUGAAGACUUGUUGCAGUCUUCCUCUGAGAACAGCAGGGUGGACUGGUAUGCACAGACUAAGUUGGGGCUCACACGCACUUUAUCAGAGGAGAAUGUCUAUGAAGACAUUGUAGAUCCGCCAAUGAAGGAAAACCCUUAUGAGGAUGUUGAGUUACAUGGUCGCUGCCUGGGGAAGAAAUGUGUUUUGAACUUUCCUGCUUCUCCUACUUCUUCCAUUCCUGACACACCCUCCAAGCAGUCAUUGGCCAAACCUGCUAUUUUCCGGCAAAAUUCAGAGAGGAGGAACUUCAAACUGCUGGACACCAGGAAGCUGAGUCGGGAUGGAUAUGGGUCGCCUUCCAAAAUUAGCCCUCCCUCCACCCCCAGCAGCCCUGAUGACACUUUCUUUAACCUUGGAGACCCGCAGAAUGGCAGGAAGAAGAAAAAGAUACCCAAGCUGGUGUUGCGAAUCAAUGCCAUUUAUGAGGCCCGGAGAGGAAAGAAACGUGUGAAGAGGCUGUCCCAGUCUCAGGAGAGCAACUCAGGAAAAGUGACGGAUGAGAACAGUGAGUCUGACAGUGACACGGAGGAGAAGCUGAAAGCUCACAGCCAGCGCCUGGUCAAUGUGAAGUCCCGCCUGAAGCAUGCUCCCAGAUACCCAUCCCUUGACCGGGAGCUUAUGGAGUACCAGCAGAGGCAGCUGUUCGAGUACUUUGUGGUUGUGUCACUGCACAAGAAGCAGGCUGGGGCUGCCUAUGUGCCAGAACUCACGCAGCAGUUCCCGCUCAAGUUGGAAAGGUCUUUCAAGUUCAUGAGAGAGGCUGAGGACCAACUGAAGGCUAUCCCUCAAUUCUGUUUUCCUGAUGCCAAGGAUUGGACACCUGUCCAGCAAUUUACCAGUGAAACCUUCUCAUUUGUCUUAACUGGAGAAGAUGGGAGCAGAAGAUUUGGUUACUGCCGAAGACUACUGCCUGGUGGCAAAGGGAAGCGUCUCCCUGAAGUUUACUGCAUUGUGAGCCGCCUGGGAUGCUUCAGCCUCUUUUCAAAGAUCUUGGAUGAGGUGGAGAAACGGCGAGGCAUCUCUCCUGCCCUGGUGCAGCCCCUUAUGAGGAGUGUCAUGGAAGCUCCUUUCCCAGCACUGGGCAAAACCAUCAUUGUCAAGAACUUCUUGCCAGGAUCAGGAACUGAGGUGAUUGAACUGUGCCGCCCCCUGGACUCCAGGCUGGAACAUGUAGACUUUGAGUCCCUCUUCUCCUCUCUCAGCGUCCGCCACCUGCUCUGUGUUUUCGCCUCCCUGCUUCUGGAGAGGAGGGUCAUCUUCAUCGCAGACAAGCUCAGCACGCUGUCCAAGUGCUGCCACGCCAUGGUGGCUGUCAUCUACCCCUUCACCUGGCACCACACCUACAUCCCCGUGCUGCCACCUGCCAUGAUCGACAUCGUCUGCUCACCAACCCCCUUCCUCAUCGGGCUGCUCACCAGCUCACUGCCGCUGCUCAGGGAGCUUCCACUGGAAGAGGUCCUUGUGGUCGACCUCGUCAAUAAUCGCUUCCUCAGACAGAUGGAUGAUGAGGAUUCCAUUCUCCCCAGGAAGCUUCAGGUAGCCCUGGAACACAUUCUGGAGCAGAGGAAUGACCUGGCUAGUGACCAGGAUGAAGGACCCCUGGACUGCAAGCGUGGCCCGGAGUCCAGUCCCUUGAAUGAGGUGGUGUCCGAGGCCUUUGUCCGCUUCUUUGUGGAGAUCGUGGGCCACUACUCCUUGUUCCUGACAGCGGGCGAGCGCGAGGAGAGGACCCUGCAGAGAGAGGCCUUCCGCAAAGCUGUCUCCUCCAAGAGCCUCCGCCGCUUCCUGGAGGUUUUCAUGGAGACCCAGACCUUUCGGGGCUUCAUCCAGGAGCGAGAGCUACGCCAGCAGGAUGCCAAAGGUCUGUUUGAGGUCCGAGCCCAAGAAUACUUGGAAACACUCCCCAGUGGAGAACACAGUGGUGUCAAUAAGUUCCUGAAGGGACUUGGCAAUAAGAUGAAGUUUCUCCACAAGAAAUAACCUUCAGCUCAGCCUAAAGGAAAAGCUUCCUCCAAGUUGCAACCAUAUUUUUAAAAAAACAGUCCUAGUGGCCUUUCUGAAAUGCUGGAUCCUGGUUGUCGCCAGUGGGGCUACAGACUAGGAUGGCUUCUGACUGUCACCAGGCCUCCCCAGGACUGAGGGCCCAAGAGCUGCCCAGCGGGGGCAGCUUCUUCAGAACAGCACUGGAAAGAGAACCCGAAACCAGGCAGGUCACCAACAUUCAAAUGGAUUGUUUGGGUUGUCGGGUUUGGGAUUUUUUUAAAUAUUUUUAAUCUUAGGUAUUAAAAGAAAGAAAAGUGUUUGGGUUUUCUUUUUAUUAUGCCAGGGCUAAGAAAACUGUCUCCUGCCCUAUACCAUUGUGCCCUGGUUCAUCCUGCCUGGCAGCUGGGCUCUGAAGCCAAGAGGAGAGGAGGAGGGUGGGAGCAGUGACCAAGGACCCAGAAACAAGGCACUCCUGCGGGUAGAGCUGGGGACAAACGCAGGUGUUUAGGGGAGGAGGACUGUGGCGGUCCUGCAGCACUUGUGCUCAUGGGUAUCAGGGCGCAAGUCCUCCGAGGGAAAGCAUUGGCCUGUGUGUGCAGUGCCCUUACAUCGGUCUGAAGGAAGAAGGGGAACACGAGAGGCCUUGGGCUUCCUGGGAAGAGCUCCACUUCGAGGCCCAGCCAGUGAUGCCACCUGGUGGCCGAGGCCAUUUUUCGUGCUACCCACUCUUAUCCCGGAUGGACCUGACACUUCCCGGUGGCCUUUUUUCUCUUGGAAGCCAUAGAUCCACCCAUUGCCGGAGCAGUCUGUGACUUUUAGGAGGAACACACAAAAAAGAGAUCUCCUCAUAAGAUCUGUUAAUAAAAUAUGCUUGGGGUCCUUAAAAUAUGUAAGCCGCAGCCUUGACCCUAUUCCCAUUAAUAUUGUAUGGACAGUUCCCCAUCUCAUUGUAGGGACCCAGACUAGCAUAAAUGAAAUGGUACAUGUGCAGAAUGAAUGGAGAGGCUUGCGGUGUUGAUGUUUACCAGGGGGUUGCCUUCAUCAGACUGUGCCAGCUAGGUGGCUUGCCUCCCUGGGACCAGAAGCAAUGAGGUAGGGGAAAAGGCUGCACCCCAAGUCCGGUCCUGCAAGGGUCGCAGCAAAGAUGCAGGAAGAGAAGGUGGGCAGCACUGCGGCCAACCCUGCUGCUUGCACAUCGCACCAGCGGAUCCCCUCUGGAUGACACCUGCUGUCCCCACAAAAAGGUCCCCACAAAAGGGAUGUGCUCUGACCUGGGCAAUGGCCCAAGGGCCUGUGCCACUUGGCAGAGAUUCUCUCCUUUAGGGAGUUGGGAGCAAGGGGUCUUCUAAGUGGGGAGGAAAAAAGAACAGGAGGAAAAUGAUGGCACAGUUGAUCUCUCUACAGUAGAGGGUCUUACCUGGGGUCCCGGAUGACCCUCUCCCCCUUGCAAGUUACAGCUAAGACUUGGUGCAUCCAUUUGUUUCUGAGGAGAGAGGAUCCGUAGUUUAUAUCAGAGUCUCAAAGGGGUCCAAGGCCCCCAAAAUGGUUGGAACCAGGCUGUGCACCACAGUUAGCCUGGGUAGGUAUGUGUGGUGAGACUGGGGUGGGGGAAUCUGAGUGUUAGAGGCUCAGGAAUUCGUACCUGACAAGCUCCUCAGAUUAGUUAAUUUUAUGAUACCAGUAUUCUGUCCAGAGAUGAUCACUUUUAAUAUUUUGGAAUAUACCUUCUUUUCUAACUUAUUUCAUAUUGUUUACUUAACACCUCCAAGUAAAUAAAUACAAUUUUGUCAACAUUU